CAUCACUCCAACAUCCGCCACUCUCGAAUGCAUCAACCUCAGAUCUGAUUCUGCUAUAAUCUUCAAAGUGUUUGGAGAAGUUUGGAAGGAAUUGGAUUUGAAUAAGAUCUUGUGGCGGUGGACAAAAGUUGCUCAAGAUGCCACCAAAAAAUCCUGAUUUAUCAGGAUACCAGUAUUCUGCCAUCUCAUCUCUCGUCACUCAAACCGAUCGAAGGUAUCUAAAUAGAACAGAAAAUGAAGGCACAGGCGAAGCGGAAAGUUUGGUGGGACGGAUCGAUCCAAAAGCAAUGGGAUCUCGUGCUGGAAGAGAGCAAGUGAAAGAUUUAGAAAAGAAGAAAAGAAGAGCUGACCAAGAUGAAAGCGGACGGAUACGAAAACCUGCUCGACAAAAUGGGCUGGCAUCAUCAUCGGGUGCAAAGUAUGCUGACAUCUUACAAGCAACAGCGGAUCUGGAAGGAUUGUCGUAUAUGCCAAGAACAGCUGAAACGCGAGAGGCAUAUGAAUUCAUUUUAAGUAUCAUAGCAACCGCUUUAGGAGAUCAAUCUGGCGAUGUGGUUCGCUCUGCUGCAGAUGUUGUCAUACAAGCACUAAAGGAUGACGAGAUGAAAGAUCCUGAUCGAAAGAAAGAGAUUGAAUCUAUCAUUGGCUCCAUCACUCCAGACACAUUCAGUCAAUUGGUUAAUCUUGGAAAGCGUCUAACAGACUUUGAGCGUGACAAUAGGCUAGAAGAGGAUGAUCCAGAUGCAGACAGAAGGGCUGGUGCCGUGGCAGAUGAAGAAGGAGUAGCGGUGCUAUUCGACGAUGAUGAAGAUCAAAGUGAAGAGGAACAAGAAACAUUUGUCGUUAGAGAAGAGGAUGAUGAUGAGGAAGAAGGCGAUGGUCAGGCUGUAAAGGAGGAAGGAUCUGACAGUGAUGAUGGAGAUCAAGCGUCAGAAAGCGAUGCGGAUCAGGAAGCCAUCAAAAUUGGACAAUCAUCGUCCAAUAAGCUGAAGAAAGCGUCACUAACAGUGCAUGACAUUGAUGCAUUCUGGCUGCAAAGACAUCUUGCUACAAUCUACUCCGAUGAGCAUGAAGCCAACCAAAAAGCCGAAGCUGCGAUGGAAAUUAUGGCAUCGGAUGCAAACAUACGUGAUUGUGAGAAUAGCUUAAUGGAGCUUUUUGAUUACGAACACUUUGAAGUUGUGGAGCUCCUGGUCAAGAAUCGAGAUAUCAUUGUCUGGUGCACAAAGCUUGGCCGUGCUGAUGAGGAUGAAAAAGUGAACAUUCAGGUCAAUAUGCGCGAGAAUGAAUUGGGCUGGAUCUUGAAAAAGUUGCAAGGAGACACAAGCAAACAGGGUCAAAAUACCAACCUGGUGCCCAUGGAUCUGGACGAGAAGAGUAAAGAGAGAGCCUACAAAAUCACAAGAAAGGUCACUCUUGCGCCAGGCACCACAGUUCAGCCACGCAAAGUCGUCGAUCUAGAAGCGAUGUCAUUCAGUCAAGGUGCGCAUUUGAACACCAAUGCAAAAGUCCGAUUGCCAGAGGGAUCAUUCAAGCGAACGAAGAAAGGAUACGAAGAGAUUCAUGUUCCCGCGCCUGUCAAUAGAACUGUGCCUGAAAGUGAGAUAGUUCCUAUCUCAAGUCUUCCUGUUUGGGCUCAGGCGGCUUUCCCCGGUGCAACUUCUCUCAAUCCUGUUCAAUCUAGGUGUUAUCCUGUCGCAUUCGGAGAGGAUGAUCCUAUGCUACUUUGUGCGCCAACAGGAGCCGGAAAGACGAACGUUGCCAUGUUGACAAUCUUGCACGAAUUGUCAAAAUGGCGUGACGAAAGAAGUGGGAAGUUUGAUUUGGAUGCAUUCAAGAUUGUCUAUGUUGCUCCAAUGAAAGCAUUGGUUGCUGAACAAGCGUCCAACUUCCGCGAACGGCUUGCUGUUUUCGAUGUUGUGGUGAAUGAACUUACAGGGGAUAGUCAACUGACAAAAGAACGAAUUGCACAAACGCAAAUCAUUGUCACCACUCCAGAGAAAUGGGACGUUAUUAGCCGCAAAAGUUCUGAUACUUCCUACACUAACUUGGUCAGGCUAAUGAUCAUUGAUGAGAUCCAUCUUUUGCACGACGAUAGAGGACCUGUACUGGAAAGUAUUGUCGCCCGAACAAUUCGUCGUAUGGAACAAUUGAAUGAUCCCGUUCGAUUGGUUGGAUUGAGUGCCACUUUGCCAAACUACAAAGAUGUGGCAACAUUCUUGCGCGUCAAUCCCAAGAAAGGCUUGUUCUACUUUGAGGCAUCCUACCGACCUUGUCCAUUACAGCAAGAGUUUAUCGGCAUCACAGAGAAGAAAGCAAUCAAACGAUUACAGGUAAUGAAUGAAGUAACGUACGAGAAAACCCUUGAUCAAGCAGGAAAGAAUCAAGUCUUGAUCUUUACGCACAGCAGAAAAGAAACUGCAAAGACGGCCAAAUUCAUUCGUGAUCAAGCAAUGGAGCAAGACACCCUCUCCCGAUUCUUGCCACAAUCAAGUGCAAGUCGCGAAGUGCUACAGUCGGAAUUGGAACAUGUCAAAGACGCAAACCUGCGCGAUCUUUUGCCGUAUGGGUUCGGUAUCCAUCAUGCGGGUAUGACCAGACCUGACCGACAAUUGGUAGAAGAUUUAUUCCAAGAUGGGCAUUUGCAGGUCCUUGUUUCGACGGCAACUCUUGCUUGGGGUGUCAAUUUACCCGCACAUACAGUAAUCAUCAAAGGUACUCAAAUUUAUAAUCCAGAGAAAGGACAAUGGGUAGAAUUAUCUCCACAAGAUAUGUUGCAAAUGCUCGGUCGUGCAGGAAGGCCGCAAUUUGACUCGUACGGUGAAGGUAUAAUCAUUACCAAUCACAAUGAAUUGCAAUACUACUUGAGUCUCUUGAAUCAACAAUUGCCGAUCGAAUCUCAACUGGUGUCCAAAUUGGCAGACAAUCUCAACGCAGAGAUUGUUCUCGGUACUAUUCGUAAUCGUGAUGAAGCGGUUGCUUGGUUGGGCUAUACGUAUCUGUACGUGCGCAUGCUCAGAACGCCUUCUUUGUACAGCGUCACUGCCGACUACGCAGACGACGAUCCGUAUCUCGAACAAAAGCGUGCAGACAUCAUUCACUCAGCUGCAGUUGUUUUGGAGAAAUGUGGAUUGCUAAAAUAUGAUCGAAAGAGCGGAAUCUUUCAAUCUAACGAUCUCGGAAAGAUUGCUUCGCAUUACUACAUCACUCACCGUAGUAUGAGCACCUACAAUCAACAUUUACGUCCUUAUUUGAGUAUGGUCGAUCUCUUUCGUGUUUUCGCUCUAUCGGAAGAAUUCAAGCAUCAAGUCAUUCGACAAGACGAAAAAUUGGAAGUUGCCAAAUUGUUGGAGCGCGUACCAGUACCCGUAAAGGAAGCAAUUCCAGAUCCAUCAGCUAAAGUAAAUGUGCUUUUGCAGACUUGGAUCUCUCAAUUGAGCUUGGAAGGGUAUGUGUUGGCAGCGGAUAUGGUGUACAUCACUCAAUCUGCUGGUCGUAUCUUGCGUGCAAUUUUUGAAAUCUGCAUCAAACGUGGCUAUGCUCGUUUAGCACAUUCGGCCUUGGAUCUUUGCAAAAUGGUGGAAAUGCGUCAAUGGAACAGUAUGACGCCUUUACGUCAAUUCAAAGGUGUUCCGCACGAUUUGAUCAGGAGAUUGGAAAGGAAGGAAUAUCCUUGGAAUCGAUUGCGUGAUUUAGAGCCAAAUGAGAUUGGUGAACUGAUUGGAUUACCAAAAGCCGGUCGACCGAUUCACAGAUUGGUGAAUCAGUUUCCUAGAUUGGACCUGCAAGCAUUCUUCCAACCUAUCACGACCAGUCUACUAAGUGUUCAACUGACCAUCACUCCUGAUUUCCAAUGGGAUGAAAAAGUACAUGGACACGCUCAAGCUUUCCAUAUUUUGGUUGAGGAUGUUGAUGGAGAAGUGAUUCUACAUCAUGAGGUUUUUGUGCUCAAGCAACGAUUUGCCGAAGAGGAACAUACAGUAUCUUUCACAGUGAACAUGACCUCACCUGUGCCACCAAAUUACUACAUCAGUGUGGUCAGUGAUCGUUGGCUUCAGUCAGAAGUGCGUUUGCCAAUCUCUUUCAUGAAUUUGAUCUUGCCAGAGAAAUUCCCGCCCCACACACCAUUGCUCGAUCUGCAAAACCAACCAAUUAGUGCUUUGGAGGAUGAAGAAGCUCAACAGCUGUAUGUGAAUCGAUUCAAAUAUUUCAACAAGAUUCAAUCUCAAACUUUCCAUGCAUUGUAUGCUUCUGAUGCAUCUGUCUUUAUUGCCGCGCCAACGGGAAGUGGCAAAACGGUCUGUGCCGAGCUGGCCAUGAUACGGUUCUGGACACGCAAAGAAGAUCAAGGAACAGAUCGAAUCGUUUGCUUGGUGCCGUAUGAAUCCAUGGUAAGCUCUAGGGUUGCAGAAUGGAAGGCACGCUUUGGCAAUUAUCGUGGAGGAAAAGAGAUUUGCUCUCUAUCUGGCGAGACUAGCUCUGACUUGCGACAGUUGGAGAUGGGAGACGUAAUCGUUGCCACUCCUGAACAAUGGGAUGUGAUCUCACGUCGUUGGAGACAGAGGAAGAAUGUGCAGAAGAUUGGAUUGUACAUUGCCGAUGAUGUACAAUUGCUCGGAGAUUGGAAGGUAGGACCAACGUACGAAGUAGUCUUGUCUCGUGCUCGAUUCAUUGCCGCUCAAACUUCUAAUUCGACUCGAUUCUUAGCUCUAAGUGUGCCUCUUGGAAAUGCAAGAGACGUUGGAGAAUGGCUUGGUGUAAAGAGUGGAAACAUGUUCAACUUUAGCCCUGCUUCAAGACCUACGCCAUUGGAAGUCCAUCUUCAAAGCUUUGACAUUCCACAUUUCCCCAGCUUGAUGAUCGCUAUGGCCAAGCCUGCCUAUCUUGCCAUUGUUGAAAGAAGUCCAGAAUCUCCCGUAUUGGCCUUUGUGCCAAGUCGUAAGCAAGCAAUUUUGACGGCAAAUGACCUGUUGGCAUACGUUAUAGCGGAUAGUGAACGAGAAGGUCAAGAAGAUACAAGUAGAUUUUUGAAUAUCGAAGAGAAUGAGUUGAGACCUCAUUUGGAUCGCGUGGAGGAUGAGGAACUACGCGAAGUGUUGCAAUACGGAAUCGGUUUCUAUCACGAAGGGUUAAGUCGAGGCGAUGCUAGGAUCGUGCAAAGGUUAUACAACGCUGGCGCAAUUCAAGUGGUUGUCGUGAGCAAGGAGAUGGCAUGGGAUUGUCCAAUGCGUGCCCAUUUGGUCCUGCUGAUGAGCUGUCAAACGUACGAAGGAAGGGAACAUAGAUACGUCGACUACACAAUGACUGAUGUCUUACAAAUGGUCGGACAUGCAACUCUCAUUGAAUCGAAUGACGACGAAGACCAGGAUGCAGACGAAGGUGCAGCAAAAUGCGUCGUCUUCGUGCAAGCAAACAGGAAGGAAUACUUUAAGAAAUUCUUGACCGAAGGAUUGCCAAUCGAAUCAAGACUCAAUGCAGUCUGCCAAGAUUUCUUCAAUGCCGAAAUUGUUGCCAAGACGAUCGAUGAUAAACAGAGCGCAGUUGAUAUCUUGACAUGGACGCUACUAUACAGGCGACUGAUGAUGAAUCCACAAGUGUACAACUGUCAAGGCAAGGAUAUGCAACAUAUUGGAGAUUGGUUGAGUGAGCUGGUAGAAACCACUCUGAACGAUUUGGAAGGCUCAAAAUGCAUCGCAAUCGAAGAUGAGAUGGAUGUCAGCCCGUUGAACUUGGGCAUGGUUGCUAGCUUCUACAACGUAUCUUACGUCACAAUUGACGUCUUUAAUAUGUCCCUGAAAGGCCGAACAAAGCUCAAAGGCUUGCUGGAAAUUGUUUCUUCCGCAGCCGAAUUUGAAGAUCUGCCAAUCAGACAACAUGAAGAAACAACUUUGCGUCGAAUCUAUGACCGCGUGCCGUUCAAAUUGGACAACAUCAACUUCUAUACACCUUACCACAAGGUCUUUGUCCUUUUGCAAGCACAUUUUGCACGUAUCAAUCUUCCAGUCGAUCUGGCACACGAUCAAGAGUGGAUUCUCAAACGCAUCUUGAACUUAUUGAGCGCUUGUGUGGACGUGAUGUCAAGCAAUGCUCAACUGAACGCCUUGACUGCGAUGGAAUUAAGUCAAAUGAUCGUUCAAGCAAUGUGGGACAAAGAUUCUCCUUUGAAGCAGGUGCCUCAUUUCACUUCUGAAACAAUUGCACGCUGUCGAGAAAGGGGAAUUAAAGAGAGCGUUUACGAUUUGGCUGAUACCCUACCGGAUCUUUCGCCCGAAGAACAGAAGGAUUUGUUACGCAUGAGCGAUCGUGAUAUGAUGGACGUAGCAAAUUUCACCAACAACUACCCGUACGUUGAAGUUGCAUUCGAGUUUGAAGAAACGGAAGGAUUACGCGCAUCAGAUUCAAUUACUCUUGAUGUCAAGUUGAGUCAAAAUGAUGAUGACGAAGACGAGGAGGAGGAGCCUGACCAAGAUCAGCAUAUCAUCGCACCCUUUUAUCCUUUGCGCAAAAAGUAUUGUAGUUGGUGGGUGAUUGUGGGAGAUAGUGGAAGCCGUAAUUUGUUGAGCAUCAAAAAGGUCAUCUUGGACAGCGUAAAAGGCAAAAAGAGUUCGUUCAAACUCGAAUUCACCUUGCCAAAAGGAAAGUUCGAGCAUCUCAAAUUGUACGUUUUGGCCGAUAGUUACAUCGGUGCAGAUCGUGAAUUGGAUUUGCCACCUCUUGAUAUUGCCGAAGGUGUUGAUAGCGAUGACGAGGAGGAGGAGGAAGAAGAUGAAGAUGAGGAAAUGGAUCAAUCGUAAAAAUAUUGGAUUUUUGUAUUCUAGAAAAAGUUAACCGUUUUGUACAACCAAUUUAUUUUUGCUACAUUAUGAGAC